AUGGCGCUAGAGGAAGGGCCCGUCCGAAUGUCGAGCGAUCAACAGGCCCGCUCCGCCGAACCCCCGGCCGACAGGUCGCACCCGACCGACGCGGCGAGAGAACAUCCCCUGCAGGAGGGGGUUCGAGACGAGCGCCCCGCCGUGAUCUCGGAACGCUACUGGCGACUGUUCAACGACCCGGGUCUAUCGCCGCCCAUCGGCAAUCCCGGUGGCCCGUCACCUAUGCCACCCGAAGCCUUCUACGACCUCACACACCAGGUCCGGGCUCUUACGGGAGUGAUGCAGACCGUCAUCUCGCUGGUCUCUCAUUCGACGCCUUCACACUCAACCCUACCUCCCCAACGGCAACGGUCCGCCGCCCAGACCCACGCACCUCUUCCCGAGUCUCCCGCUUCACCUCUGGGCCAGUCGACCCAACCCGGGAGCCGAGGAGCGGGGGAUCCAGCGGCGCACCCGACGCCCGAGGCCCCGCUUUUAGACUCGACGGAGGGCCUGUGGGCUCAGCUGCGCCUCGUAGGUCACCGACUGGACGAGGUGCAGCGAGAGAUUCGCAGGACCAAGGGAGACCCGGGAGCCGAGCAACACCAGGGGUCCCCUUUCACCCCCGAGAUUCAAGAGCAAGCGAUCCCGCCGCAUUUUCGGCUCCCUUCAUUAGACGCCUACGAUGGCGCCACCGACCCGGCUGACCACGUAGCCGCAUUCCGCGCCCAGAUGGCGCUGUAUGGGACGUCCGACGCCCUGAUGUGCAGGGCUUUCCCGACAACCCUGCGAGGCCCAGCCCGGGCGUGGUACAGCAAUCUGAAGACCGCGUCCAUCGCCUCUUUCGACCAGUUGGCCAAGGAUUUCGAACUUAACUUUCUGGCUCACGCCAAGCCGAAGCCGUCGGUGGCAAUGCUCCUCGGGCUCAACCAGAGGGAGGACGAGCCCCUUUCUCACUUCGUGGACCGCUUCACCAUACAAAUUCGCGGGCUGUCUGAUGCUCACCCCUCUUUGAUGAUGCAGGCAUUCAUGAUGGGCCUGCGGCCUACCCGAUUCUUUUGGUCUCUGGUGGAGCGACCCCCCACUUCGGUACCCGAAAUGUUACAACGCGCAAACCAGUUCGUCGCUGCUGAAGCAUGGAUGGUUGGGAGGCGCGACGAGCGCAAGAGGGUUAAGCCAGAGCAGCCCCGGCAGCAACAGCCCGCUACCUCCCGGCGUAGGGCUGGCGGACUCGACGAUGCGGUACCCAGGCCCCCUCCCCAAGGCCUGAACUCCUCCCGGACCGAAAUAUUUCUCCACAUCAAGGAGAAAGGCCUUCUCAAAGAUCCUCACCUGAUGAAUAGCCCGCGCGAGCUUGCGGACCGCUCCAAAUACUGUCGUUUUCACCGACAGCCCGGUCACGACACCGAGCAGUGUCGAGAGUUAAAAAGGCAAAUUGAGGAGCUCAUCCGCCGUGGGCACCUCGGCCCGUAUCUCCGGCCAGAGAAGGAGCUCUCACCACGCCCGGAGGGUCCCAUCGAGCGACACAUAGACGUCAUAACCGGCGGACCCGCGGUCGGAGGGAGCUCCGUGGCGUGCGGAAAGGCAUACGCCAGGGCCUCCCUGGCCGAGGCUUCCAAACACGAAGAAGGGCCCGAAGUCACUUUCCCGACCGGGGAACCUGAGCUAGCCGAACAUGAUGACGCGCUGGUGAUAUCAGUCAGAAUCGCCAACGUGCAAGUAAGAAGAAUCAUGGUCGACACUGGGAGCUCGGCCGACAUACUUUAUUGGGAUGCCUUCCAGAAGCUCGGCCUGGUCAGGGAGAACAUGAAGCCGGCAUGCUCGACGCUCACGGGGUUUACCGGUGCCUCAAUCUCGUCACUAGGGGCUGUCACCCUGCCCCUAACUUUGGGAGUUUCCCCAAAAACAAAAACGGUGAUGACUUCCUUCCUGGUGGUCGACCUCCCCACAGCGUAUAACGCCAUCCUCGGACGACCAACCCUCAACAAGAUCUGA